AAGUAAACAAUUCUACUACUUUCGUGUGCAACUUUCCUCUCUCGACAACUAGAUCUUGGAAGAAACCACUCCACAUCCCUUUCAAGUCCUUGCGCUGUUUCAUACGUCACAAAUCCAAGCAGAAGCCCACACCAGCCACCCUUUUUGAUCACACGACAUCUCCCGCCAUUCCCUCCGAAUUUGCCAACUUCAACUCAACACUUCCGCAAACGGCCAGAAAUAUGGUCACAACCCGCUCCCACUCCACCGUCCCAGAUGCCGAUACUCACCCAUUAUCAAAUGGCCAGAAGAAAGGUCCCUCGGUCUCCAUAGACGCACCGGCAAAACAAGCGUCCUCAACACCCCGCAGACCACCAAACAAACGUGCCUUGUCGAGUAACCAUAUCGGUGCACCACCCGACCUAUUCCCCCGACUCUCUGCUCACGCCUCGAGAAUCCAUAAGGCGAAAUCGCACAUCCUGCUUUUCUUCCUCCUCUGUAUUCUUUCUACGGGUAUUUACUUCUUGAACCCUAGUCUGCUUGGUUUUGUUGUCAAAUCCCUGGCUGCGUCUUCAUGGACCACCGUGGGAACAGUGGCCGUGGGUGUCUUGGGCAUUGGGAUGGGAAUGGUGUGCUGGACGAAUGUCUAUAAAGUGGAUUGGUAUGAGGUUGUAGCUGGGUACUGGUGGUUAGUGAUACCUGCUCUUGGAGCCGUAGGAUGGGCUAUUGCUAUUGUGCAAGAAGGAGAGAAGGAAUAGGUCGAACUUGAUUGAGUUUGAAUUGAGUAAGAUUGUCAAGUUGAGAGUGACUACCCAGGUGGCCCCAUACUUGCUUUGAGAAUGCUGUAUCCAUUUAGAAACCAACAAUGUUGGUGGUAGCUUACAGCUCAGACACUGCGAAUGGUGGAAUCAAUCUGCAGCCGAUGCUGAGCAGGCAGUUCGCCCGGCAGCAGGAGACAUCAAACAUAGACCAAGAAAUAACGAUACUAAGAUAUCACGUAGAAUGAGUGCAGAAGCGGUCUCAUUUUAAAUCGUUGAAUUUUGAAGUUCAUGCCUUUUGUUUGCCCCUCCUUAUCCACUCAACACCAGCCACUUUACAUUACACCCCGCCGAACA